CGCCCUGCGGUCCCAAAGAAAAGAAACGAAGAGCGAUGGCGGCGAGAGAGAUUUAUUACGAUUCGCCGUUAUCACGUUAUUAUCGACUAUUUUUUCAUCACCACCGACCGUUGAAGCUGCUGGUCGAACCGAAUGGGCGCUGGUGUUUGUUUUUGGCUGAUAUUGAGAGAUAAGGAAGCAACGACUUGUGGGAAACGAGUGGUAGAAGUGUCCCGAGCGAUUUUUACCUCAGUUCGCCCCAAAAUUUUAAUUCACAAACGAUUUACAAAGAUUAAAGUAGCGAUUUCUUCUGAACACCUUUUGAGACUAAAGGGAUUUAUUUUCUAGUAUCAAAUCAACUGGACGCACAAACUGUUGUCACAGGAUUUGUUAUUAAACGCCACAAAGUAGUGCAAGUAGUAUGGACAGAUAAUACAAACAGAUAAAACAAGAAAGGCUUUUAACACCGUCCAAUGAUUAUACUGUAAUACAAAUGUAUGAGCAAACUUGUAAAAAAGCGCCUCGCUGUACUGUAGUGCGCACAGAAGCAGCAUCAGCAUCAUUACUGCGGGCAUUCUGCAUCCCACAGCGAAAAGCUUAGAGAUCUCAUUCGCAACAAGUGCAAUAAUCCUCCGUAUACGCUCCCUAAAUGUCUUUAUUAACAUCUUUAAGCUUUAUAUUUUAUCGGAAGCAUAAAUGAAUGUAAUUCACGGGACAAACGGUUUGGCGCAGCGACACGAAAGAUGAGCCGGAUGCUGCGCCCGCAUCAUGGAAAAGCAGAAGGACAAGUGAGCCGCAUCCCUGCGUUAAAACACAACCUGGAGUCUUUAUACCGACUGAUUUUCCUGUUUGGAUGAGUUACGGAUAUUUGUAAUUGAACACUGUAGGUGGAUUUAUGUGGAUGAUAAAUCUACGGGAUAGCCUGGAUGGAGAACUACUGUACUUUAUUGACCUCGAGGAACUUGUUUGGUGACCAUAUGAAACAUGUUAAGAGAUGUUGGAUUGUCCUGAUGCAGCAGCUGCAGCUCCAUAGAGAUCCAUGUUAUCGUGUCGGUCGCUGUCCACUGCACUCGUGGUGCUGAAAUGUGGAUAAUGCCAGCGCACCGACUGCAGGGCUGCCGCUCCCUUCACAUGAAUGAAGACAAUGGGCGCUUUCUGCUGCUCGCCGCGCUCAUCAUCGUGUACCUGCUGUGCGGCGCCGCCGUGUUUUCAGCCAUCGAGAGGCCGUCCGAACUGCGAGCUCACGGGCGCUGGAACCGAACCCUCCGGAACUUUAGCGACACAUUUAAUAUCAGUGUGCAGGAUCUGAGCUUGCUUCUGAAAGAGUACGAGGCUGCGAUCGCUGCAGGGGUUCGAGUCGACGCUUUGCGCCCGAGAUGGGAUUUUACUGGAGCGUUUUAUUUUGUCGGGACGGUGGUGUCCACUAUAGGUUUUGGGAUGACAACCCCAGUGACGAUCACCGGAAAGGUUUUCUUAAUCUUCUACGGUUUGUUGGGAUGCGCAGGCACUAUUCUGUUUUUUAACCUCUUCCUGGAGCGCAUCAUUACCCUGCUAGCCGUAGUGAUGAAGGCCGUACGUCUACGUCGCUUAAGGACCAGCGGCCUCCUGCCACCGGGAAUCUGUCAGGAUUUCGCCGCUAGUACCCUGCCCGGUUGGAAACCCUCCGUCUAUCACGUGAUGCUGAUUCUGGGCCUGUCCUCUAUAGUGAUCUCUUGCUGCGCGUCAGCGAUGUACACGCCGGUGGAGGGCUGGGCGUACCUGGACUCUCUCUACUUCUGUUUCGUCACGUUCAGCACGAUCGGUUUCGGGGAUUUGGUGAGCAGUCAAAACGCCGCUUACGACUACCAAGGCCUCUACCGGCUGGCAAACUUUCUCUUUAUCUUGACUGGCGUGUGCUGCAUUUACUCUCUGUUUAAUGUCAUCUCCAUCGUCAUCAAGCAGGUUCUCAAUUGGAUGUUGGGAAAAAUGAGCUGCUUGUGCUGCCAACGCUGUAACAAAGCAAACGCUUUCCUAGGACGCCGCAACGCCAUCCGGCCCGGCUCGCGUCUCAGGCGGGGACGCUUCGGCCGACCGCCCGAUUCGGACGGGCCCUGCGAUAGCGACACGGAUGGUCGUAGACUUUCCGGCGAAAUGAUUUCAAUGCGUGACCUGGCGGGAUCCAAUAAAAUUUCGCUGGCCAUCAUGCAGAAACAGCUAUCGGAGUCAGCGAACGGAUUCCCGAGAACCGUGUGUGGAAGCUCGCGGCAAAAUGGCUUUUCUGGUGGUGUUGGCGCACUUGGCAUAAUGAACAACAGAUUAGCAGAAACCAGUGAGAUCUCUAGGUAGAGGAAAGCUUAGUGACUAGUUUAAGGAUAUCAAACUGCUUGGGUUUGUGAUUGAUCGUUUGAAUUAGAAUUGAGCAUGGCAUGCAUGAACUGUAUAGGAUUAUCCAUUAGGAUUGGGAUUAUAUUAUCCUUCGGAUUUUCGAUUUGCAACUUCCCAUAUCUUGUGAUAAGACGACACGUGCUAGGAGCAGCAAACCAAGUAUUUCCAUGUUUUAGGAUAUCGAUGGCAAUGCAACCCUGAAUAACUAAAUAUACCUAAACAAAAGCUCUGAAGUUAGACUUUACUAUUUAACCAGUGGCUAUUUAUAAGGACUUAAAUGAGUUUCUCUAGACGAAAUGAUAGCGUCUGUCUGAAUCCAUCUGGAUAGCACAGUCUAUACACAUCUAUGCAUCUUUAUGAUACAAACAUACAGACAUAAAUCAAAGCAUAUUUGUAAAUUUUCAAAGUCUUAGUUCACAUAUUUACACACUUAAAAGUUUGAUGACAGGAAAGCGUUACGUCAACCCAGCGUUAGGUCAAAAAGAGUCAAACCCAACCUGUUGAGUUGUAAUUUAAUGCUGGGUUGGUUUAAAGCCAGGGUGCGUGAUCUCUGAAAGCCAAUGUUGACAUUUGAAAUCUCCUAAACAAUCACGCCCCUUCCCCAAUAGAAUCUGGACCUUCUUUUGAUAGACCCGCCCCACACAUACGCAACCCAGGCAACGAUGUCGGUUAGUAGACAUGCCCCUUACUGCUGAUUGGCUACAAGUGUGUUUGGUAUUCGGCCCGACUCCCUUUUCCAAUGUGUUUUUUUCAAAAAUCACACACCCCGCCUUUAACUCGUUGGGUCAAAUAUGAACAUUUUCUGUGUUUAUUAAUUCAACCGCUCGGUUCGUCUCUUUUUGACCCAAAGCUCGGUUGAAAAUAACCCAGCAUUUCUCUUUAACAAAAUGUCACUUUUAUUUUAUAACCCAGUGGGUGACAUUAGCCAAAAAAGCAUGCGCUGUAUGAAUCCUGAUUAAGAAAGAAUAUGUCAUCCAGGCACCAUUGCCAUAGUAUUUACUGUGUACACUGUAGUAUCUUCCAAACUCUAAUGCUUAUCUUGCAUACUACUGUAUUUAGCACACAUAGUAUGCGAAUUGGGAUGCAGCACAGAUCAAAAAGAAAUGCAUAGCAGAAGUUUACUUUAUAGUUGGCCUGUGCCGAGAAGGAAAGUUCAAUUGAAGUUCUCUUUAUAAGAAUAGUUAUAUAAUAGUAAACAGCAUUAAAUCUGCAUCUUGUUGAUAGUUCGUAAACAGUAAAAGUCACAGGAAGAAACUUGCAAAUGUUCUCAAGAAUAAGUAACACUGUUUAUCUUUCAAUAGUUUGUGAUUCAGAAAGCUUUGCUGACUGUUGAAACAUACUGUUUAGUGUUAACAUCCCUUACAUGAGUAUAUAUGAGCUUUUUUUAAUAGGACCCAAAAUGUAUCAAUAUAGAUCUGAUAUCAUAUUCAUUCCCUAUAUGCAUUACAUAACCGACUAUGUUCACUGCAGAGUUUGUGGAUGUCAUAUAUAUAUAAGACAUAUAAGGGUUUUUUACGCUCAGUGAUGAGAUAAUAAUGAGCAAACCCAUCAAGCAAUGGCAGUCAUUUCACUGUUUAUGAGCCCGAUAUAGUCCAUAAGUAACCUUCUAGCUGACAUAUACUUGAAUUUGGUUACAAAUAACCUGUGAGAUGCAUGAUAUUCCAUCAUGUAAGCCAAGUCAACAGUGAUUACAAGGUGUUUGGUUUUAUUUAUUUAUUUAUUUAUUUUUGGGUUAUGGUUAGAUGUUUAUUACAUUUUCUUUCUUGGCCUUGUUUUAGCCUAGACGUCUGGGCUGUGUUUGGAUGGCUAUUAGACACAAACACAAAAUUGCUUCUUGGGAGGCAACAGAACUUAAAAAAGACAUUUUGUUGUUCCCUAUAGAGAUGUUGGGAGUAGCUGGAUAUAGGCAAGGAGACAUAAAGAGAAAAAAUCCCCAUAAGACCUCUGGUAUAGCUUAGAUCAGCUCAUCAAGUGCCCACUAUAUCUUAUUAACAGCAUCUAAAAGGUACACCAAAAUAUGUGUAGUGCACUCCUAGCUGUGGCCAUUUAGAUCGAGACAUAAUAAAAAUCUUUAGUAUGAUCUUUUAUGAGUAUGACCAUGUUGGAUGUGAAUAUAAUUAAUAUUUAUAUCAGAAGAGUCAAGUAAACACCUUACACAUCCUGAUUAACAGGUCUUUAUUUUAGAUCUAUAAUAGAUAUGGUAAGUUUGGCAGCUGUUAUGUAUGUAACAGACAGAAACGAUAGCAAGCAAUAGCAGUCAUUUCACAGUCUAUGUUAAUUUUAUCCUACGUACACACCAAACGAGGGGCUUUGCGUUACUGUGGGUUCACACCAGACGCG